AUGAAAGAGCCUGACAAAUUUUGGAUACAAAUAAAACAUUUGGAAUCUGGUCAAUUUUAUGAACUGGCGAUAUUUGCUUUAUCUGCUAUGUCGUUGCCACAUUCCAAUGCUUGCUGCGAACGUAUAUUUAGUAAAGUGAACCGAAUAAAAACAAAGUCAAGAAAUAAACUUAUUACCGAUACUGUUGCAGCAACUAUAAUGACCAGUGAAUGCAUUAAAAUAAAAGAAGGUUGCUGUUACAAUUUUGUACUGCGGAAAGAAAUGUUUGACAUGAUGACUUCCAAAAAUUUAUAUCCAAAAGAUCUAGUUUCAACUUGUGGAAUUGAAGAUUCUGUGGUAGAUGAAGUAUAA